ACGUGUGAACUUAAUCUGAUUCAACUCGUGUUCAACUUUGGUUGAUCAACUUAAUUCGGUCAACAAAAUUCGUCUCGUAAAAACGCGCCUUUAAUGAGUAUUGAGAAUCACUACACUGCACUGAUUUUAAAUUCUAGUAGCAAGUGAAACUUUUAAAACGAUACAUGUUUAUUGUACGUCGUAGAAAUAACUAGUCACCUAGUUCAUAUAACAAUGACCUAAGAACUAUGAAAAUUAAUUAUGCCAUUUCUAGUUUUGCAUAAUAACCGUGAUAAGUUUUAGUGGCAACUUUGGUUUUUACUAAACAUGUCGAGAAUUUUGCCUCUUUUGAGUUAUACUUUUAUUCUUGUUUUGUACGGAUUUUCUUUCGUUCUUUUAAGAACAAAUCAUCGUGAUUUAAAAUUAAAUGAACAAGCGAUGAAGAUAAUUGAUCAGAUGAGAAAAUAUGAAUGGUUUUUUUUUACGGUUUGGAUCUUUAUGCUCCAAAUAUUUUUCCUGAGUCUUGCGAUUCUAGAUGAAAUAUCAAGGCUAUUGAAUCUACCUUCUGGGCUUCAAAAACUUCUAGGAAAAUCGAGGGCCUACAUAUUCAGCAGUCUUGUAUUUCCAGGCAGUGCCUUAGUUGUAUUUACAUUUUGGUCAAUUUGGGCUGUGGAUAGAGAAUUAAUAUUUCCAAAAAUUAUGGACACUUUCUUUCCAGCGUGGUUAAAUCACGUUCUGCAUACAUUUAUACUUAUUCCUUUGGCAAUUGAAAUUUUACUGCCCAAGACGGACAAUUUUAUCAAAUUCAAGAGUGCAGCACCUACUUUGCUCUUCUAUUCCGGAAUAUAUCAAGUAUUAUAUUUCUUGAUAUAUCUUAGAGAUGGUGUAUGGUUGUAUCCAGUCUACAAAGUGCUCAACAUUCCGCAAAUAUUUUUAUUCAACCUAUUGCAAAUGUUCUUAAUUUUAGGAUUCCAAUAUUUAGGUAUAUCGUUGCAAAAUACCAAAAUGAAGAAAACUGAAGUUGGAAGAAAGAAAGUGAAGUGAUUCAAUGUUUAUUUAGGGACACAAUUUUUAGCAAUAAAAAUUGAUCGAAUGUAAAUGUUUUAUUUAAAAAUAACACAUUAGUUUAGACAUAUUUUUCUGGAUAAAAUUUCGAAAAGAUGGAUCCCUCGAUUUUUCUGACAUUUUGUCCUUUUUUAGAGAAGAUAAUCCCUAACAGGAUUUUUAGCGUUUGAUCUCCUGCCACCUCACCUCUCCGAAAAUAUGUAUUUUAGAGAAAAAAGUUUCAUUGAGCUCAAAAAGCUACACUAAAAAGGUUGAUUAAUGUUUUUUCCUAAACCUAUUCUUUUGGCUGUUAUGGUCCAAAAUAUCUCGACAGGAGUUAAAGUACUGAACACACUACCACUACACCAACACACAAUUACAAUGUCUGACGCGUGUUUCGAUAACCAAGUUAUCGUCUUCAGAGACUGAGAGUAAACUGUUUACCUACAGCUCCCUCUAAAUAAAUUCGCUUAAGGCGCCAUCUGUUCCAGACUUAUGGAAACUGCGAUUAAUAACAACAAUCAACGUUGAUCAUUACCAUCAGACCAUUAAUUCAAAUAAUAACCAUCCUAUCAUUUAAGUUGGACCAAAUUACAUAUAUAUGCCAUCUUUCAUGAAUAUCAGUUGACUCGUUUUUGUUUGUUUCAUUCGGAACAUUCACACGGACACUGAAUUUUUAUAUAUUAAGAAGAUUUACUACUAUUCGCUUGGAUUUCCGUCAAUUGAUAUGUGAAUUUGUGUGAAAAUAAAUAAGUAUUUAAAUCUAAAAUAAUGACAAUUCGAUGUAAAUAAGAGAACAUGUCAAAACGUGAACUAGGGCAUAGUCUACAACGACUACUAAAUCACCGUACCGGUGCUUUGAAGACCCCAGCUUCGUGUCAACUCAAAAGGGCCAGACCCAGAUGGCUAGCCACUUGGGGUGUAUGCCUGGGGUGUGCGCAAAGCGUACCGGCAGGAGCCCAAUUGCCUGGGCAAUUACGCAAAGGUUGGCUGGACGAUUUGAAGAUCUUCAAAAGCUAGGUGUGAGGUGGUGGAGACACUGAGCGUUGGACUGUGAUGACUAGAGGAAUGUGGUGAACGAGGCCAAGGCUCUUUGGGGGCUGUAGUGCUAGUGGUAGUAGUAGCAGAAUUGCAUGAAUUAAUUGCACAAUAAUGUUUUAUGAUUUAAUCAUUUGAACUAAACAGUCUUUGAAUUUAUAUUUUAUACAGGUUUAUACAUUUUAUAGGUUUAUGUAAAAAAAAUUAUAACCUUUUCUGUAGAGCUUUUUAUAAGCUUCAUUUUUUGUUUGAAAACGUUUUCUAUAAAUUUAAUAUUUUCAAAGAUAUUUCGUUGAAUUGUUAGGACUAUGAAGAAGACUAAGGAGCAAAAAUACUUUUGGAGAUUAUCUUCUGUAAUCAAUCAUAAAUUUUUGUAAAAGUUUCAGCAAAAUUUGCUACUGUACACAUUUCUUCUAAGUAAAUCUAAUAACAACA